UGUCAACCAUAUCCAAAGUGCAGGACCAAAGAGAAGUAAAUAAUGUAUGCUUUUAUUAGAUUCUUUGAAGACGAUAUGUGCUACGCGUUACCCGUUUCAAAUGUGGAAGAUUUCAGACCUCUGCACAAAACAGAUUUUGAUAAUCAGAAGGUGUAUCUGGUUCACAGAACUGAAGAGAAUGGCAGCGCAGGCCAGCCGUGCGAAGCACAGAUCCUUGCCCUUGCAGAUACAGUAGAAGAAUUUGAAGACAGUAUAACACAAAAGAAGAUGAAAAUUCCCAAGAUGUCCACGAAGAAUUCAGGAAACUCCAUCGAGAACAAUUUUGGAGAGGAAAGAAUGCCACUCAGGCAUAAAAAGGCCCUGUCACAGGACCAUGGACGCCCCCUUUCUAACUCAUCCAAAAGCCUAGCAGCGGUAGUGGCUCGCCUAGAAAGAAAUGCAGCCAGCUCCUGUAUGGAGGGUGAGGAGGACCUGGAUGAGGACCGGCUGGCUGAGGUGGGAGAGGAUGCAGAUGACGAAGAUGAUGAUAUGGAGGCAGAGCAUCAGCGACAUCAUCACCAGCAGCAACAGCAGCAUUUGGCGGUGGACACGGAUUGUGUGCCUGAGGUAGCUGCCGCCGUUGUUCCCAGAGUUCUGUACGAGGAGCUGGUUCACAGCUACAGGCAGCAGGAGGAGGAGAUGAGGAGGCUGCAGCAGGAGUUGGAGAGAACCCGCAGACAGUUGGUGCAGCAAGCCAAGAAGCUCAAGGAAUAUGGCAGCUUGCUGACAGAAGUCAAAGAACUGAGGGACUUCAACAGGAGACUGCAAGAUGUACUUCUCAUGAGACUGGGCAGCGAGCCUAUGCAUGACAAUGGCACCCAGACAAUCAAGGCUGAAGUGGUUGAACCUAUUGUUGAGGCCCAGGAGACAUGCAGAGAAGAAGCCAACACCAGUUCCAGCUACUCACCCUCACCUAGAACAGUAUACACCUGCAAUGACGGCAAGGUACACCUUGGUGGUGGGAUCUGGGUGGAAGAAGAGAAAUGGCACCAGCUGCAGCGGACCCAAGGAGAUUCUAAGUUCACAAAGAACCUGGCUGUAAUGAUCUGGGGCACAGAAACCCUCAAAAACCGCAGUGUCACUGGAGUGGCCACUAAAAAGAAAAAAGAUGCCUUGCCUAAACCUCCACUGUCACCCAGCAAGCUGAAGAUUGUCAGAGAGUGUCUCUACGACAGAGUGUCUCAAGAGACAGCCGACAGUGCAGAGAUAACGCAGAGAUUGUCCAAAGUGAACAAAUACAUUUGUGAAAAGAUAAUGGACAUCAACAAGUCCAUCAAGAAUGAGGAGCGGCGGGAGUCCAAGCUGCUCAUCAGACAGACAGUCAAGAUGGAGAACUUCACCUACGAUGGCAUAUAGUGAUCAACUGUCACGCCAGCGCCUUCUGCCCCGUGUGGUCUGCAGGAUAUUGAGGGGACUUGAUAUGGGUGGUCGGGGGAUGCUGUAACCAUUUCAGGAGCGGUCGUAUUACUUUGGCACAUCGGAUUGGUUGUUAUUUGAAAUGUUAAAACAAAGAGGCCCCUUCGCCCGCCCCUCCGUAAAGAACCAUCAUCACAUUUCUGUGAGCCCGCUUUUCUAAUUGGCCAACAGACAGCUUUACCCAGCGGUUAGAAACUGAACAUGUGAGCUAGCUUGAUAUAGGCUGGUGUGAGUGUUUUUAUAAGCUUUACAGUGGCAUUGGUACAGAGAUGCAGAUUCUUGAGGUUUGUGCAUGUGUGUCAAAAGAGAAAUUAGAUGUGAUUAUUACUUUAUUGUUCUGUGUCAGAACAUAAUUGUUGAGUCCUUGAACUUUUAAAAAGUAAGAGAUUAUUUCCCUGGGUGAACGAAUGAUGCUAGUUUGCAUUAGAGCUUAGAUGCGUGAGAGGUUGACUGUUAUGGUGACUACUCAAUAACUGCUGGGAGUUGGUGCGGUUGGUACUUACUGCAUAGAAUGGGACAUCAGGGUCUCAAAUGCACAAGUCUUAAUUAGUAACAGCCAUAUUUCAUUUUGCAGCAGAGAUCCUGUUGCUCCUAAAGAGAUUAAUUAUGGGCGUGUGCUCCCACUUAACCGUAUAACUUUAUUAUAAAGACAGCUUACUGAGAUUAAAUGGGACUCUGUCGAGUCUCUAGAAUGCUGUAUUUGUUUUUUUAUGUUUUUUUAAUGUUAAUCUUUAUGAAUAUUUGCCAUCCACGAGGGAGCACAGGAGACAUUUUGAUUGGAUAUUUGUGUGUUACUUUAAGGAAACUUGACUGUUGAGUUGCAGUGGUACAGGCAUGUUGACACCUAGAAAGGCCUUAAAUGGAUCUGGCAAUCACCAGGCACUGAUAAGCUCCUGGGUUUUCUAGUAUGCUGUGAUUGUAAAUGUAUUGUAAGCUGAAGUCACGACGCUUCAUCUGCACUUUGCUGUGAGAAUGUACGAGGUGGCCAGGUACUAUUUUCUAUGUAGUUCACACCAUUAAGUUUGGCUGAGCCGGACCGCUACCCGGAUGAAAAUCGAGGCACAGCGCUGGUCAUCGUCUUGUGGAAGCGGUGUUAGCUAUGGGUAAAGCUGUCUGGAAUACUAUUUUGCUGCUGAAGCUGUCUGGCCCUGCUGAACCCCAUAAUAACCCCCUCUUGUUUAAGGCACGCCACUGGGGAAUUAAAGUAAGGUUGCUCCAGUGACAACUUUCCCUGAGCUAUGCCAUCAGAACUUUUAAAAUUUAGUCUCUUUCUUGUUCUUUCAUGUUUUUAUUCUCCUCUUCUGUUCUCUGUGUGUGUAUAUCUAUGUAUACACACACACACACACACUUUUUUUUUUUUUUUUGAUCCAAAAUGGCUUGGGUGGCAAUCUGCAGGCUGGAACUAAACGCUGCAGAUUGAAAUCUCAACUGUGACCUAGCUGUGGCUAACUGUGAAUCUACUGCAGAGCUGCUCAUCAAGCCUUUCUCCUCCUCACAGUCUAGAUUCUCGUUUGUGUGUUGAUUUAUUUUUCUGUAUCAUAUCGUCCGUCUCGGUUUUUGUUAUUUCAAAAGUUCAGAUCAGCCUUUUCUUAAGCUACUUUAUUUCAGUGUACAUAAGCAACUCUUUAUUAUUAUUAUUUUCCACCAAACAUUGAUAUUUCAGUUUGUAGUCUUGUUACAGUUUCAAGCUUCUGGACAAGUUUGGUUUAGCAAAUUGAUGUUGUAAUUCCACGUUACCUAUCAAUUUCUUGUGUUUCUUUGUACACUUUUUUAAAUUUUUUUUAUAUGAAUUGUUGGCUUUAAGCUUGACGUUGUAAUCGAACUUAGAUCAGCUGAGUCUACAAACAUAUGUUUAAAAAAAAAAAAGUAUCCCUCUCUCUUAGCCAAAGCGAUCUCUGGAAAAUGAGACAAGGCUUUUCUUAACAACCGAUUUCAGCCGAGCCCGUACGUUAUAUAUUUACUAUAUCUGUUAUUUGGCAAACCUCACUUAGGAUCUACCUGAUGAUCACGCCAUAGUAAGAUAAAAUUCUGUAUUGUUAAACCAUUGCGCUCCAACGGUUGAGAUGCAGUAGUUAGAUCAACACAAAUCAUUUACAUUGAAUGCACUUUAAAUGGGCAAAUUCUUCGAUCUUAAAGAAAUGUUUUUGUGGUAUUUGUCCUUUUUUUUUUUUUUUUUAAAUUAUAAAAACAAACAAACAAACAUGUCCUCAUAGAUUAAGGCCUAACAAUCAUUGUAUUAUCAUGAAGCACCUUAAGACAUUUUUUUAUGGUUUAUUAUGGCAAGAAUGAGUUUUGGUACACUUUGAUUCAUUAGUCAGAUUUGCCGCUAACAUGCUUGAUAGACUUUAGGGCUGCCCCACCCCCCACCCCUCCAGAAGUCGGAACAUUCUUGGUCGACCUGAAAAGGAAACACUCACUUUACAGGAAGUGUCAGUCACUCAUGGAAACUUUUUUUUUUUCUCGCUUUUUUUCACACACAAAAUCCAAAGCGUAGGAAGGUGACAGAUAAAUAUUUGUCUGUCAGUCAUCAACCUCAAACAUUGUUUUUUGUUUCAAAUAUGCAAGUAGGCGAAUGUUGGCCACUUGGCAUGGCCGCCGUCUUUAGACAGUCUGCUUACUAGUGAUUGCAGCACAAUCAGAAUAAUUACCUCUUUUGCUGCUGUCUGUAACAGGCAGUACGCUUUGUCCAUGAGUUUGUAUAAUUUUUUUUCUCUGGUAUGUAGCACGGUGUUAAUGGUGUUACUUACAAUGUUCUGUCUCAGCUUUCAAACCACUUUGUCGUGCUUGACAAAACACAUUAGAAAAUAUGUUAAAAUAUAUUUUGGAUUAAUUAGAUCACGGUCACAAAAACUGUUCAGCUAGGAAGAUCUUUGGUCAGGGGCAGCCCUAAUAGAUUUAACAGGUUUCUUUAAAAAAAAAACUGCAUUUCAAUAAGUUAUCUCAAUAGUUUAAUCUGCAACUCCGCCAUGGUCUCAAAAAGAAACGGUUUGAAAAAAAACUUAGUUAGAAAAUUGAUAACUACUACUAUCUGCAAAAUGUGAUUCACCAGUAUAAAAACUGACCAAUGAAAUGUGCAAGCUGACUGGAAUAUGUGCUUUAACCUGAUGCUGGUAAUGUAUAAAUAUGACUCCUAUAGAGAUAAUAGUGUAUUUUUUACAAAUGAGUGGUAAUUGUGAGCCAAAGUAUUGAAUGCUGAGAUCGAGCUAAAGACGGGGUUUAGAAUCAGCAGGGUUUGCACAAACAAAACAAAUUUUUAAAAAAUGGCCCCGGCCACAGUAACCGAACGUAAAGCGCCACCUUAUAACGGCGAUGUGUUAUUGAUAUACUGUUUGAGGGAGUUCCCUAGAAAUUUCCCUUUUUCGGUGCCCUCUGAUUUCUCGUUUUGUUUUUCCCUGUACAAAGGUUUAUGUGCGCUAGGCUGUGCAUUUUAAAAGAAAAGAUUUCUGCUGUGCAAAGUACCUUUGCUAAAAUUCUAAGACAUUGUUGUGUAUUGUAUUUGUGUUUGUUUCUUUGUUGUUUAUGCCAAAAUGGGAGGGGUGUGGUUAAAAUGAUGCUUAAAGAAAGACCAUUAAUAGAGCUAUUACAUCAUCAAAAAUGUUAAGGCCUGUUUCCUGGAUGGCCAUUAAGCCUAAUCCUUUAACUAAAACCACCUUCAAAGGAUGAAAGCUGUAUGGAAGGACUGUAUGUUUUUAACCCAGAUUUGGCUUAAUCUGUAAAGGCAAGGCUGUUCUUUAUCAAAUGUACCGAGUCACUUGCAGAAGAGCGGUUUGGGUUUUUAGCAGCAUAUCAGUAACAUACUGUACCGUUUUAUUCACAAGCAGAGCCACUAAUUUUGGCUUUGCGUCACGACACCAGACCAGUCGGUGCUUUCACCGUUACACUUAAGUAGUGAUAGGCAGGAAACGUAACCUUGGUGGCUUUGCGAUCGUCUUUUUAUGCCACCUUUAGUUCUUUACUCUCCUGACAUUCAUGUGGACGAUCCCGUCCUCCUCGCUGUUGUUUUGGCUUAUGUUGUAAACACCUGUUUAAGCUGCAGAAGUGAAGGACCUUUGUGUUGAGGAAAAAGCGAUCUGGUUUUAGCUUCACCGUGCGGAACAAGAUAAAUGGCUCGGUGCCACUGUUUUCGGAGCUAGGUGUACACGAGACACACGUUUGAGCCACAGAUAGAGUGUCAGACUUGGUUUAAAAUGAGAAAACGGGGAGGAACACAUAGUUAGGCCUAUAUUUUUAUUACAGUUAUCAGAAAAUUUGUAUACAAUCCACAAACCGGUUCUACUUCAUCUAACUUCACCGUCCUACCUCAUUGUUACUCUGGUGUUUGUUUGUCAGUGACUGUAAACUAUGUGUGUAUAUUAAAAAAAAAUCUAUAGGAAAAGGUAUACCUGGUUACUCUCAACAUGUACAGCAUAUUAAAAACUUGUAAAACACCUCAGUACACAAAUAUCAUUCUUAGGAGGAAAUCAGUUUUAUUACCUGCUUAAAGAUGCUGCUGUAAAGGGGUGUCUGUGUGAGGGGUCGUCUCCGAAUAUAUAUCUUCGCUCUUUGCUAUGUUGUGCAGUUGAUCAGUGGUUGUGUUCUGUCUCUGUAUUGCAUUCUGAGAUUUUUACUGGUUGACGGUGCUACCAGCAAACAGUUCGAAAACUGAUCUAUCGGACCUCAAAUGGUGCUGUUUUUCUAUGUUUUUAUCGUCAUACGGCUAUGUUUUAUUCAGGUGUGUCAACCGCCACUAUCCCCUCAGCUAACUCGAAUUCUAAAGCCAAAAUAUUUCACAAAAAUCGAUAACCCUGCUUUUACUGUAUCAACUAUAUGCUAUCCAUCCAAAUAUUGUAGAUAGUGAUUAUAUCCUCAGCUGUGCGUUUCAGAAGUACCUCAGAAGUUGCCGAUUUCAAAUGGAUGCAUCUGCUUUUAGCACCUGUUGUCUAUCAAUUUACAUUGUUGCAGUGUAUUUUCGGAAAUAUGCAUUUUUACUGGUUAGAUCAGGUUACACUAUAGAUAGUAGAUGAUUAUUAGCUCACACUCAGAUGUCGACGAUGUGAAAGUUAGAGGAAGCCACUGUUCACUGGUCGCAUGCCACGCGGGAAAUCUCAGUCAGACUGGGACGAUGGAGUAGAAGAGGUCCUCAGCAAAAAACGAAACCGCACGUUAAGUUUGAGUCCAUGUUAACCUCAGAUUGUGUUAUAGAAGAGGGAUGAAAUGACAAAAUACCCACGUAGAGGAAUGUGUCAACUUCUAAAAUUUGGACCAUGCCAAAAAUGCGAUCAGGGUAUAUUCACGAAGACUGUUUUUUGUCGACGUUCCUGUCCUCUUGAAUAAUUAUCUGUGAUUCCCCUGUUGCAUCGCUUUUCCAUCACCGUUACUUAAAUGUAAUUUAAAUGUUAAAAUUAUGCAUUUAGUGUAAGAAAGUAUUAACGAUUGACUUACUGUGAGUAAUUAUACAAAGUGCAUUAUAUUUUCUUUUACCCUGUACCAAUGGAAUCUUUUCUGCACCAAAGUGUUUUUCUGUUGUUUUGUUUCUUUUAUUGAGAGAAAAGGGUUGUGUCCCUUUUCAGUAUGUUUCUAUGUUCUUACUGAUGGUUAUUGUUUUCAUUUCCAACCGUGCUGGUGAACAUGAAAUGUGCUGGUACCUCUCUACUGUGGGAAGAGCGUGUGUUCAGAUACACAGCAGUCGGUUUCACGGAAGCACUUAAGCCAUUCGUUGGACUGUUUUAAUAAUAGUUCAAUUGUAAGCUUUGCUCUGGUCCAGGGUAUUGACCCAGGGAGUUUGUGUGUAAUUGAAUUCCUAUGCAGGUGUUGAGUUACUUACCUGGUACCACAUCACUGUCGGGUAGAGGGCCAACUGCGGAGAUGGAAAACUGGGCCUUGAAAUUGAGUCAAAGGAGACAACGGCGACAUGACAAAUCCAUACAGACCUAUUAAUGACAUUUUCAUACUUGUAUUAAGUGAGCUAUACAGGGCUGCUUGGAUAUCUACCUGUCUGUACUAGGUAUAAACGCAUUGCAGUGAUCAUUAGGGAAAGACAGGGUUAUUUCUGUAUGGAGUAUUUCCAGUUGGUAAGAUAAUGUGAAAAGAAUUUCAAGACUUUUGGAGUUGACACUCCCUCAUUACUAUAGCCUCCCAGAGGCAACCCUACAUUUUCAGAAAAUGUUAUAAGUAUAUGCGAUAGAGAGUGUACAUGUCUUUGCUAAACCGGCCACACCUCUGCUAUGCGAGCAAGUCUUUGACGCUUAGCAUCCUGUUCUGUGUUUUCUCUUGCUGCAUUCAGGAACACCUGUUUAAUGUAUAGAUAAACAGAAAUAAAAUUGAGACUUUUAUUCUAUCAGCACAAA